AAUAAUUAUUGAUCAUUCGAUCGUUUGACCUAGACUGAGAUCACAGAUAAAAUGUAAUUCAAGAAGCAACAUAAUCAUCAUGACAACAGUGUGAACAUGUUACAGCUAGCUGAAUUAAUUGAUGAUUAUUGUUUUAAAAUUAGUUCAAAUAGAACAAUAUGGCCAUCCACAACUGUAUCCAAAAGAAAUGAAUUAUCAAUGAUUGGACAAUUAUCCAAAAAUUUUCAUUAUAAAAUUGAGAAUACAACACAUUCUGAUUGCCAUCUUCGAGCUGGGUUAUAUCCAAAUGAGUUUUUCAUUUUUAAUGAUCAACAAUAUGUAUGCACACCAAGUUACGAAAUAUUUUCAAUACUACUAAAUUAUUGUGGCUGUAGGCAAGUAAAAAUUUAAAAUCAAAUAAAUUCAUUAUUUGCUAUUUUCUCUUACUCGACAAAAAGUAUAAACUUUAUCGUAUCCGAUGAUAAUUUUAGCGGAUUUCUGUCAGCAAAUGGCUCAUCAUGGUCGGGCAUAUUACGAUUAAUUGAUGAAAAUAAAAUCGAUUUCAUACCGCACAUGAUAUCACGAAACGAUGAACGUGAUGCCAUAUUGGAUACGGGAUUUCUCAUUCCACAAGAACAUACCGUAGCAAUUUUAAGCCAAAAACGUUAUCAACCUGAUAAUGAUCCAUCAAAAUUAUUUAGGGCUUUUUCUACCAAUGUUUGGUUGUUGAUACUUAUUUCAUUCGUUUGUCAUCAUCGAAUACAAGAAUUUCUUUUAUUACAUAAUAUAGUCGAUAUAUUUGCAUUGUUUAUGGGACAAGAAUUUCCCAAGUAUAAAAAUUCAAUUGUCGGCAUUUAUGAACAACCUAAACGAAUGAAACGACAACAUUCAUUUUGAAAACAAAUAUUACGUAAUACAUUAAUAUUCUGGAUGGUUGGUUCGUUCAUAUUACGAAUAUUAUUCGCUACUGAUAUAUUGGUUUUAUUAGUAUCGGAAAAAGAACAAAUGGUUGAUACAUUUGAACAGCUAGAAAUUUGGUUAAAGCAUCAUAAUGAUUAUCGUAUAUUUGUUGAACUACAAUCAACAACUGGAAAAAAAUUUCGCUCAAGAUUUGCCCAAUUUGUUGAUCGAUUUGUUACCAUCGAAUAUGAAGAUGCAAGUACAUGGAAUACGAUCGAUAAAUUGAUAAAUGAUCGAUAUUUUCUUAUUGUCGAUCGUGAGCGUGCCAAUUUAAUUGCUGAUUUUUAUGAAAAUCUUAAACUACAUGUAUCAAAAGAAGGAUGGCUAACAACUAUGUCAAAUAUUGCAGUACGAAAAAAUCUAGAGGAACCGGGUAAAACACAUCUGAUUGAAAUUUCAAAGAAAAUUUUUCAACAUGGUAUACGGAAAUUAAUUAUGAGUAAACUCCUUCGUUAUAAUUGGCUAAAGAGUAAAUUUCAGCGAAUGAAAUGUCAAGAUUUUAUGAUUUCAAAUCAUACAAAUUUUUAUAGCCAAGAGUUAUCAGAAUUACGAUUCAAACGAAAUGAGCCUAAUGAAUCUAAAAAUCGAAUACUGAAUGCAACGAAUGCGUCAUCAUUGAUCCAUUUCUAUUUAAUGGCAAUAGGAGUAUCGUUGAUUACAUUUUUCCUUGAAUAUUUACAUUAUAUAUGGCAGAAAAAACCUGUUGCCUUAUAA